GGGAUAUGCGCCUGCCAUUUUUCAACGAGCAACGGCGUAAUUUUAGGAUCACCGUCAUAGAAUUAAGAUUUGUUAAUUUAAAUUAAUUUUUAACUGUGUCAUUCUGUUCGCUGUUAUCGAUCAACUCGCAUUACACGUCUCUUCCCUCUCUGGCAAAAAUUUGUUUUAUUCCGUAUAAAACUCACUAACUUUUACAUGGUCAGCUUCGAGCCAAAUUAUAUAUUGUUAAUAACCAGUGGAGUUAAUAAUUUCGUCGAUUUCUACGGAUUUAACGAAGAUCUUGAAGAAGACAUUAGUUCGUCCGGAGGUCAUGUGAAGGACAUCUUGAGAACAAAGAAACGGACAAACAUACUCAGCACCGCACAGUGUUUAAUGGAAGUUUAUUAGUAUUUUGAUCAUUUGUGUAGUGUUGUUUAGUUUACUUUAAGAUUAUUUUUGUAAAUUUUCAGAUUUUUGCCUUUUUCCAUAUACAAUGACCGAGGAGAGGGAAUUAAUUAAAAAGCGAGCGAGUUAUAAAGGUCGCCUAACUGUAUUUAGUAAUUACAUCAGCGAUUUAAAAGAGCCUUUAACUUCGUCCCAGGUUAGCGAAUUGAAGACCCGCAUCUGAAGUAUAAGCCAACAACUAAUGUAUGUUCUAACACUGAGGACCGCUCCGCACUUUCUCCCGCAAACCCGACACAAGGCAGUGACGAGCCCUCUGGUAAUGUCACGUUGUCUGCUCAACUUUCAACCUACUUGCCCAACAGAACGCAGGUACUCUUAGCCACUUCCCUUAUAAAAAUUAUCGACGACCGCGGCGGCGAGCGUCUCGCCCGCGCUGUUCUCGACAGCGGCAGCACUUCAUGCCUUAUUAGUGAACGAUUAAAACAAUCGUUAAAUUUACCAACAAUGAAGGUAAACGAGUCACUUUUGGGUAUAAAUAAUUCAAAAUCGCAUAUAGGCGAAAUGUGUUGUUUACCCAUUAAGUCGUUAAAUGAAAACUUUUCGACAAAGAUUUUCUGUUUUGUUUUGCCGAAUAUAACUGACGAUGUGCCCAGUCAGCAAAUAAUUUUAAAAGACUUAAAUUUACCUAGCAACCUCUGUUUAGCGGAUCCCAACUUCCACACUCCAUCUUCGGUGGAUUUAAUUAUUGGUGCGGAUGUUUUCUGGGAUUUAUUAGGGCUACGUAAAAUUAGUUUAGGAGCCGGGAAACCCGUGCUAUUUGAAUCUAGUCUAGGGUGGCUAGUUUCAGGCCCUUUGUAUAAUAGUGGCCAAGCGCGCUCGACUUCUGACUUUAAGUCCAAUUUCGUGUCGGUAAAAUCAAAUAAUAAUGUUUCUUCGUGCAAUGAUUCCAGUGAUGACAUUCAAACCCUAUUAACGCGGUUUUGGCGCCUCGAGGAGGUCAGCCCUCAGUCUUCAUCUUUCUCCGAAGAAGAGAAAAUGUGCGAAGAACAUUUUAUCAAAAAUACAUCUCGUCAGGCAGACGGUCGGUUCUGUGUCAGGUUGCCACUGACACAGUCACCUGAUGUAUUAGGCGGCUCGCUGCAGCGCGCCGAGCAUUGUUUACUUUCCUUAGAGAGAAAAUUCAAAGGGCAAUCCGAAUUUAAAAAUAAUUAUAUUGAGUUUAUGUCUGAAUACCUAUCAUUAGGUCAUAUGUCCGAAUGUUCAUUUGAUUCACAGAGACAAGCUUACUUUAUUCCACAUCACUCAUUAAAUUUAAACAUUGGGUCCACGGAGCCUUGUAAAACAUUAGGUCUCAGUUGGCUUAUCGAAUCAGAUGAUUUGCAUUUUUCUACAAAUAAUAUUAAAUUAAAUAAAUUAACUAAGCGAGGACUACUUUCAGUCAUUUCACAAAUAUUCGACCCGCUUGGUCUCUUAGCUCCCUGCAUUAUUUCCAUGAAAAUAUUAAUGCAAAAAUUAUGGCUUCUUAAACUUUCGUGGGACGAUCCACUGCCUAUAGAAAUUAUUAAAUCGUGGCAAAUAAUUGCAGACAGCUUGCCUUUAUUAAGUUCUUUGCGUAUUCCUCGUCUUAUACUUUGCAAUAGUUACGACUCGAUUGAUUUGCAUAUUUUUUGUGACGCAUCGCAAUCUGCUUACGGUGCUUGUUUAUACGUUCGUAGCACAAAUGAUAAUGUUGUUUUGGUGCGGUUGCUUUCAGCAAAAAGUCGAGUGGCGCCUAUAAAGCCCACCACGAUCCCGAGACUCGAGCUGUGCGCUGCGCUCGUCGGAGUGUGCCUAUACGAAAAGGUGUUACGUUCUCUACGAGUUCAAGUAAGAUCAGUAACUUUUUGGACAGACUCCACUAUCGUCUUAGGCUGGUUAAGAAUGUUGCCGAGUAAAUUACAACCGUUUGUGCGUAACCGCGUAGCCGAGAUACUAGAUAAAACUAGCUCACACGUUUGGCGUCAUGUUCCCACUGAAUUGAACCCGGCAGAUUAUGUCUCACGCGGUGUCACUAUUGAAAAGAUACGCGAUCUCGACAUGUGGUGGUCAGGCCCUCAGUUUCUGAAGAAUGAUAUUUCCUCUUGGCCAAAAAAUGUUACGGCAAAUGAGUGUUUACCUGAAACGCGUACUGAAAUUACUUUAAUUAAUAAUUACUCUAAUAGAUCUUUAAUCAAUUUCGAACGUUUUUCUAAUUUUGUAAGAUUACAACGCACCAUGGCGUAUGUAUUAAGAUUCAUUAAUAUUUGUAAGAAACAGCGUCCACCAACACAAUUUCUAACCAACGAUGAACUUCAAAAUUCUUUAAUUGUUUUAUUAAAAUUAUCACAAAUCGAGUCAUUCAAUGAAUACAAUAUUUUAUUGCAGAAUAAGCGCUUGCCCGCAAAGAACCAUCUAUUGAAAUUUAAUCCGUUUUUAGACAACAACAAAUUAAUGCGUGUCGGCGGUCGCUUAGGUAAUUCAUUGUUUUCUUAUGAAAAGAAGCAUCCUAUUUUAUUACAGUCCACUCAUCAUUUAACAAAAAUACUUUUUAAAUAUAUGCAUGUAAAACUUUUACAUGCUGGCCCUCGUUUAUUAUUGACUUCAAUUAGAGAAACUUACUGGCCAAUCGGUGGUCUAAAUUUAGCUAAACGAACUUUUCGUAAUUGUCAUUUAUGUUGUAGAUUUAAAGGAAAGGUAGUGAAUCCUAUCAUGGGUAACCUGCCGCAGCGACGUGUGACCGCGAGUGGCUAUCCCUUCGAGACCGUUGGCAUCGACUACGCCGGACCUAUCAUGUCAGCCAGUCGACAAGGACGCGGCUGUAAACUUGUCAAAGUUUAUAUUAUUGUUUUCGUGUGUUUCGUUACUAAGGCCAUGCACAUUGAGUUAGUAGGUGAUUUGACAAGUAAUAAUUUUCUGUCGGCUCUUCGUCGAUUUAUGUCACGUCGCGGCAAACCUAAACACAUUUAUUCCGAUAACGGGACCUCAUUCGUAGGUGCGUAUAAUGAAAUCGGUCGUUUUAUUAAAAGUUGUAACAAUUCGCUGCCUGGUGACCUAGCUCCUGAAGGUAUUAAUUUCCAUUUCCUACCUCCUCACGCCCCUCAUUUCGGUGGUCUAUGGGAGGCAGGCGUUAAAUCUGUAAAGUUCCAUCUUAAACGAAUUCUUGGUAAUUGUAACCUCACAUACGAGGAAUUAAACACUGUGCUGGUCCAAAUUGAGGCAGUUCUCAACUCACGUCCGCUAACGCCGCUCUCAGCAGAUCCUAGCGACCUGCUUCCGUUGACGCCGGGACACUUCCUCAUCGGCCGCCCUCUCACCGCCCUGCCGACAGACUGCUACGAGCGACACGUCACAGGAACACUGAGCCGAUACCAACAUUUGGAGCAACUCCGCCAACACUUUUGGCGCAGAUGGAGCAAAGAGUAUAUAUCGGAACUUCAGUUGAGGACGAAAUGGCGCUCUGAUCUAAACCCUUUACAGGAAGGUGUCCUCGUGAUCCUGAAGGAGGACAAUCUACCGCCGCUGAAAUGGCGGCUGGGUCGAGUCGUGGCAGUCCAUCCCGGAGCGGACGGAGUAUCCCGUGUGGCUGACGUGCGGACUGCGACAGGAGUCGUACGCCGCGCUUUUAGCAAGAUCUGCCCGCUGCCUCAAGACGACAUCUAGUUCUGUUGAAGGACGAGCCUUCAACGCCCGGGGGCAUGUUCGCGCCAAUUCGCCGUUGGGAUAUGCGCCUGCCAUUUUUCAACGAGCAACGGCGUAAUUUUAGGAUCACCGUCAUAGAAUUAAGAUUUGUUAAUUUAAAUUAAUUUUUAACUGUGUCAUUCUGUUCGCUGUUAUCGAUCAACUCGCAUUACACGUCUCUUCCCUCUCUGGCAAAAAUUUGUUUUAUUCCGUAUAAA